CUUCCAAACAUGCCCUUUAUAUGCGCCCACACUCUCUGUUUCCGGGUCUCUCCCCGUCUUUGUACACGAGCUUUGAACAGAUCCAUUUUGCUGCUUCAUCUUAUAGUUCGUCGUCGUUGUCGUCGUCUUGGUUCAAUAUUCUAGGGUUUUAAACGUCCGCUGCAUAUACCAACGACUUAUCUUCUCCCUAGACUUCCAAGUAAGUAAAGAAGACUCUUCAACAAACUCGACUGAGCUUAUUUCUUCAUUUCUAGCACUCUUGCUUCGUUUUUUAUUUGUCUGGUUUGUUGAAUGAAUCUAUGCCCCACGACGGCUCGUUUUGGGGGUCUGUUUACUCGGUCGUAUUUAAGUUUGAUUUAUUCUCAGCUUUGUCUUUAGAGAGAGAAAGAGACUUGAGCAGAGAGGAAGUGUUGGUGACAGAGAGAGUCGGCUGAGUCAAUAGUUUUAGGUGAAGGAAAAAGAAAAGCAGAGACAGAACAGAAAUUUGAUUUUUUCUUUUCUUUUUAGCUAUUUAUCCGAAGACCCAAUCCGCCCAUAGCCUUUCCUGGAACAAUCCUUUCAUGGGUUUCCGUGUUUUUGUAGAAUUUUCAUUGGGGUAAUAAGAUGUUAGGAGAAGAAGAUAAGGAGAGGCUAUCCGCCGGUGGUGGUGGCGCGCGGAAAACGUAUUUACGGUCGGUUUCAUGGACUGACGGAUCACCUUCAAAUCCUAACCGCAGGCCACUGGGAAGUGGUAAGGGGCGGCCCUGUCUGCCACCACUUCAGCCCCUUUCCAUCUCCAGGCGGAGUGUAGAAGAGUGGCCUAAUGCUGGGUCUGAUGAUCUCGGCAUUUGGCCCCAUCCUCCCACUCCUCGUGCAAGAGUUAGGCCGGUUACACCCCUUGAAGAUUUGGAGUUAGAACAACCCCCACGAGAGUUUCAAUUUAAGAAGGACAAGCUUGCUUUUUUUGACAAGGAAUGUUCGAGAAUUGCAGAUCAUAUAUAUUUGGGAAGUGAUGCUGUUGCCAAGAACCGUGAAAUUCUCCGGCAAAAUGGGAUCACCCAUGUGCUCAAUUGUGUUGGUUUUGUUUGUCCAGAGUAUUUCAAAAGUGAUCUUGUCUACAAGACACUUUGGUUGCAAGAUAGCCCAUCUGAGGAUAUCACCAGUAUUCUAUAUGAUGUGUUCGAUUAUUUUGAAGAUGUUCGGGAACAAGGUGGACGGGUUCUUGUCCAUUGUUGCCAGGGAGUGUCACGAUCAACUUCUCUUGUCAUUGCAUACCUCAUUUGGAGAGAGGGCCAGAGCUUUGAAGAUGCAUUCCAAUACGUGAAGGCAGCAAGGGGGGUGACUAAUCCAAAUAUGGGUUUUGCUUGCCAACUUCUGCAGUGCCAGAAGCGUGUACAUGCACUGCCUGCAAGCCCAAGUUCUGUUCUUAGGAUGUAUCGAAUGGCCCCACACUCUUCUUAUGAUCCUCUCCAUCUUGUGCCAAAAAUGCUAAAUCAUCCAACUGUGGCUAGUCUUGACUCUCGUGGUUCAUUCAUUGUACAUGUUCCGUCCGCUAUAUAUGUAUGGGUUGGGAAGAAAUGUAACCCAGUUAUGUCAAAUAAUGCAAGGGCUGCAGCAUUUCAGGUUAUCCGGUACGAAAGGGCUCAAGGUCCAAUUGUGAGCAUUAAUGAAGGUGAAGAACCAUCAGAAUUUUGGGAUGCUCUUGCCAAUGCACAAAUCUUAGCAGGUAAUUCUGAAAAGGCAGAUGACAAAGAGGAAAGUUUGUCUUCUAGAACUGAUAAGAAUGCUGUGCCAAUUCCUCUGAUGAUUAGUGCAAGGAAGGUUGAUAAAUAUGAUCUUGAUUUUGAAGUAUUCCACAAGGCAUUAGCUGGUGGAGUUGUUCCACCUUUUCCAUUAUCCGGAACUGGAUCUGAAACUUGUCUACCUGCCAGGGAAAAUGGGUGGGGUCGACUGAGACGGAAGUUUGCUAACGGCAGCAUGAAAGAAUUUGUUAUGUCAUCCAAACUGAGCCUUUGCACCACUCAAACCAGUCAUACACCAGAUAGGAUUGCAGAUACUUGUGACAAAGUUGUAAACCCUGUUUCUCCCACUGAUCCUCCAUUGCGAUCAACAGUUUCCCAUGGUUCACCAGAUUCCUCCACCUGUUUCCCAAAUAGCCCCACAGAUGCUUGUAAAGUAGUGGAACACUCUGCUCCUUUUUCUGACCCAUUUUUGUCGCCCAAGCCUGCUUGUGAUUCACCAAAUUUUUUCUCUUAUUUUCCGGCCAGCAGCCCAAAGUGUAGCUCCAAGUCCCCUUCGCUAUCACCUUCAACUUCUGAUUACUCCAGUUCAUUUACAUUUUCACCCUCUUCUUCUAAUUGGUCUGACCCUUCAUACCUAUCUUCACAACCUUCGCCAUCUGGCUUGGAAUCUGCAGAUUUAUUUUCUGCCAAGAAUGCUUCAUUAGCUGAAAAUGCUUGCAUGACUUGUAAACCAAACCCACCUUCAUAUAUUGAGGCCUUUGCAGCUAAUAAUGGUUUGAGAGCAACAAAUACUUGUUGGUCAUGUAAAGGACCGCCACCCUCUAUUGCGGAGCGCAGAGGGAGUAAUCCUCCAGCUCGGAUGUUGUUGCCUUCAAUAGAUGAAGCAUCUCAAGCUCACAGGAAUAUGGCAAGAUCGUGGUCGUUUUCACUACCUGAAUUACAUGAUGAUGUUAUGGAGGAUGUUGAUUGCAUCCAGUUUGAGCGUGAAGAUUUUCAUGAAGUGAAUAGAGAAGAACCAAUGUUAGACUCUAGCAUCUUUUGUGCCAACAAUAGUUUUCUAAGUGGACUUAAAGAUAAGAAAGAGAGUGAUGUUCACUUUCCAUCAAGUGAGACAACCAGUAGAGUUGCAGCAACAGACAUCCCAGUUCUGUACCAGUGGCCUACCAUUGAUAAAGUGGAGAUUCAUUGCUCUAGCAGCCUUGAUUCUAGAUCUGUGUAUUUUAUGUUUGCUCCAAAUAUGAAUAUUGGCAAAGAUAAUCCUGAUGUUAUCUACGUCUGGCUGGGGCAUGAUGUAUCAGGUGAAGAAAGGUUGGGUCAAGCGGUUGACCAUGGUGGUUCAUAUGAGCGCUCUCGUGUCCACUGGGAAUCUGUUGGCCACAAGUUUCUCAAUCAAAUGGGAUUGCCAAUGAAUGCCUCUGUACAGAUAGUGAGGCAAGGUAAAGAGCCAGAGCAGUUCCUGAACCAUCUCAAGUCUCUCAUUUCAGGAGCUGGAUGAUUUUCACAACUGAUUUAAGAUGCUACACAAGUGAUUUUCCACUGCCUGCAUGGUCCACGGAGAGGCUUUGGGUUGGCAUCGUACAAAAUUUGUACAGAAAUAAGCCUGCUUCUCUCUACUGUUAGGGGGUUAAAGUAAAUAUGAACAUGAAAUAAAUGAAUUGUAAGCAAUUUUUUCACCAAACAGGUUCAGCCUCUCCAGGUUCUGCCUGCAUCCAGCACCAAAGGUGUUGCUUUUUGACGUGAGAAGCUAGGGCACCUUUUCUGAGGAGUAACACUAGGUUCUCUGAUUUAAAAUUUUAGGUGAAACUCUAAAUUUUCCGUCUUAAUUUGGCAUAUCUCUCACUUCCAUGCAGAAUCAUGAAUGUUACAGGGCAGAUUCUUGUAAUCUUGUUUCAUAUGAAAUAAUAAGAGUUUGUUUAGAA